UGUUUAUAUGUUAUUAAAUAAAUUUAUUGACAACUACCUUGCUUCCUCGUGAAUUUUGUUUAAACCAUUUGUAAAUAAUUAUAAAUACACAACUAUUUCUGUUUAAAAACGAGGCACUGUCGGUAUUUCUUGAAAACGUCUUACAUGUUGGCGCGAAACCAACAUGGCCGAGGAGGAGCCGGACGCGCUGCGACUCUACUGGGACCGCUUCUUCAGGGCGGAGACGGGGACUUAUGAGAAAUCGACAUGGCUGGAGCUCUUUCUGGCAGAAUUUAUAAUACGACUGAACAAGGGACAGGAUGAGAAAAAGUUGAUAGAUUUCUGUCCUGUGAGCGGGGUGGUGACGCUCGUGGGAUGCGAGUUGCUGUGUGGUGUUCACCGCGUCACCUCCGCCGAGCACACGCUGGGGACGCCUCAGCAUCACGCAGAGUCGUCUGAAGGAGGCGGGCCUCUGCGACGUUACUUACUCCGCGGGGCCGCCUGGCGAGGACUGGUACUGCUGAGGGCGCUCGGAGUACAGGGCCUGUCGUGUUGUCGUCAGCUGAGCUCGGUGUUGAUGUGGUUGUUCGGGGAGACGUGCUCCGUCCCAAGCGGCCCGGCCGGCUCCGGGACUCUGCCCCCUCCUCCGCCGCGGGCGACCCUCCCCCCUCACCACAGACCCUCUACACACAUGCACGAACUGUUCUCACACAGUAUAUGGUACAAACAGAAACCGGCCGGCCACACGGACUCCAACCACUCGUGGCUCUCGUCUGAGAGAAGUGCCAAUGUCGGAAGAGCAAAAGUCAACGGUCAGACUAGAAUGGAUCCCGAAGGGAAAUCGAGAAGGAAGUCGGCGGACGACUUCGAUCAAACGUCGGAGUCCGGAGACUCCAACGAGGAGCUCCAGAUCCUAAACCGAUCCAUGACCAUAAAGGUGUGCUCUCCCGAAGACGACUUCGAGUACUUCAACUCUCCGACUCGAACGCCCUACGAGCACACCAAUCAGACCAUGUACAGCGACCCGUUCUACUCGCCGAGGAAGGUGAAGCCGAAAGCUGAAGACUUCAUGAGCGAGGAGCACAGGGCGGUCAUCGACUCGGAGAUUAGCACCUUCGAGUUCACCAUCCUCAUAACGGAUCUCUUGCAAGACUUGUGCAAAGCGGAGAGCGGCAUGGCCGGCUCCGAGGGCUCGCUGAUAUCUAUGCAGUGUAUCAACUUCGCGCUCAAGAACCUGUGCUCGCUGCAGUUCGGUUCCAUUCCCGCUCAGGGCACGGUCUACGAGCCUCUCGAAAUGUCGAGCGUCAAGGUCGCGCUGACGGAACUGCUCAUGGUGGCCUUGAAUCAGGUGCUCGUACACUCCGACUUGUGCGCGAAACUCAUACACAACGGCAUACUGCCGAUGUUGCUGCGGGUCCUAGAGGAUGUCGUCUGCAAGUCCAGCGCCAAGUACAGCGUCAAGGUCGGCCCGGAGGGAACCAGCGAGGCCGAAGCCAAUAAUCUUCUCAGAUUCGUGUUCGGCGUCGCAUACUCCAUUACGGCCUUCUUCCACUGUCUUCUGAUGCAGUGUCGUUCGGCAGAGAAGCUGCGUGAGUUCACCGACCAGUUCCGUUUGUACGGAGAGUGUCUCAAGGGUGCGCUGCUGCGGGAGUGUGUAGAGCUCAUGCUGCGCAUCCCUGCCGUGGACGAGGACGAGGUCGUCCGAGCCGUGCGACAUCUCAUCGAUGCCAUCGGUCGUCUGAUCACGGCCGCCAAGCGCGUGCGAGGAGACGUAACCCAUGCGGCGGCCUGCCCGCGGCCCCGUCACCGCCGGUGUAGGGCGCGCGUUGCGGCCGGUCUGCACCAUCAUCACGACGCGCUGGGCGAGGCGGGGGUACCACCGCUGCCACCCUCGUGUUGUGUGGCGGCGCUGUAUGCGGCACUGGCGGCGCUGCUGCCGGAUCCGCCUCUUGCGGUGCGUCGUUCAUUGCGGGCGCGCUUGCUACGUGUAAUGUUGCGCUGUGGCGCGUGCUGCUGUUUCCCGGCCGCAUCUCUGGUGGAGAGCGCAGUGCGUCUGAUGCUGACUCACGAGGGAGCGGCGGUUCCGUGUCUGCGUCUGCUGGAGCGCACGGUGUACGGCGAGCUCGGCGCGGGUGUGCUUCUGCCUCGCCCGGGAGACCGCUUGCCUUGCGCCGUGUGCGAGCGUGAAGACGGCCGGCCGCGCCGCCCCGGGGGCUCCGUUGACGGCCGGAGCGUGUGGUCGUUCCUCAUCCACUACAACUCACUGCUGCAGCUCGACAACCACGACGACGUGCUGCACGCGACCGUGGACCACCUGCUGAAGGUGACGCCCCGCUGCCGCUCCGAGAUGAAGUACGAGCUUCUGUUCAGCGUCAUCUACCCGACGUUCAUAGUAUCCAAGCACCGCUACACCAUUAAGAUGGAGGAGUCGGCCUACUUCCUCACGGCCUCUUGUCUCAACAUAUUCGCCGGACUCCUGAACACGGUGCCGUUCGCCGAGCAGUUCAUCCAGAAGGGCGGCUUGAGCUACGUCCUCGAACUGAUAUCGCUGCCGGAGUUUUCGGAUCAAUGCUGCGCCAUUCUCGAGAUAGCGAUAGUCGUAGAGAUAUUCAAGCUGACGAAGGAGAACGCAGAGUAUCCCAGCUUCGGAGAGAAGAAGUCGCCGGCCUCCGUACAGAUACUGCUGAAGUGUCUGCGGGACGUCACGGAUCACUGUUUCGAGGUGUAUAAACCGAAAUUGUCGGAGGAAGCGUUGGAGGAGCUGUGUGGGGCGGAGGCCGGGGGGAGCGCGGACGAGAGCGAGGCCGUGUCGGAGGGCCGCGUGCUGCAGAGCGCGGUGACGUUCUGGCGCUCGUGCGGCCGCUUGUGCGUGUCCAGCCCGUCGUUCCGCGGCGAGGCGGCAAGCCGCGUGCUGUCCGCCAGCUGCUUCCUGCUGCGACUGGUGCUGCACGUCCUCUGCUCGCCGCAGCUGUCUCCGUCCCCGGCUUCGCCCACCGACCGCCUGCUGGUGAGGCUGAUGGAGGCCCUGGUCACCGUUCAGUUCGCCGUGUCCGAUGUGACCGGCGGGGCAUCCAAGGAGACGAGUUGUGCUAUAGUCCGCGCCGCUCUGAGCGCUCGCGUCAGCUCUGAGGGCGUCCGCGGGGGCUCCGGCCCGGGGCUGCGCUCCCUGUGUGACGCUCUGGUCGGCGUGGCGCUAGCCAGGCCGAGCACCCGCCACGCCAUGCCCGUCCUGACGCCCAUCAAGAUGCCGCCUCUGUUCUGCCCGUCCACCACCAGCUCGGAGUGUUCCCUGAGCGAGGACAGCGCCCCCCGGGAGCGAAGCCCCACUCCGCCAGAUGGAUACGAGGCGGACAAUGAGAACGGAAAACAAGAUGACGCUACCGUGAAGUCGAGGAAGUACUCGGACACGUUGUCAGUGUUGAAUAAAGUAUCAGAUGACAGUUUAAGGUCUCAAGAACUGAUGAGGCUGGAGUGCCAGGAGUCUGCGGGCGAGCUGGCAGGGCAGCCGGCGCACCCCGAGCUGUGUCUCAUAGUCGUCGACGUCAUAUCGCAGCUCAUAGACAAACUACUGCAAGAAGACGAGAAGACAACGAAAGAAGACGAGGAGGCGGACGAUGGCGCCGGGGUCACGGAGGUGGCGCGGGUCUGUGGGGGAUUGGCGCGAGCCUGGGGGGCGAGGGCUGCGGGGGGCUCGGCGACCCGCGCGGGGGGUGCUCUGCUACGACUGCUGGGCAGCGGAGCGCCCGCCGCCAGGCUACUCGAGACUCGACGAACGAAGUACACAGAACUGCAGCGCAGCGUUCUGGAGCUGGUAGAGGCGGUAUCGGUGCAGGGCGUGUCGUCGUGCGAGUUGGCGGCCGUGCUGCGUCCGCUGGCGGCGCCCGACCCUCCGCUGGAGCUGCUGCUCCCGGCGCUGCUACGGAUGUGCUCGCGGGCCGCCGCCGAGCGCCACACGCCGGACACCUCGCUAGCCUUUCCCAUACGACCCGACCCUGAGGAACCGUUCCUGGAGGACGUGGUGGGGUCCUCGCCGCGGCAGCAGGCGGAGAUCAGCGCGAGGAAGAUACGCCAGGAACAUAUAAGAGCCGGCGAGUGGUCGUCGUGGGCGGCGAGCGCCGGGCGGGCGGUCGUGGCGGCCGGCUGGGCUCCUUGGCUGCAGGGGUUCGCCCUCGCUAUGUGGAUAAGACUCGAGACCGCAAUCGUGGAGGGGGUGGACGAUACCAGUCCGGAGGCGGAGUCUCUGCACGCCGUCUCCAUCGGCCACGACUCGCUCAUGUUCGAGCUGUGGAUCAGUCCCGCCAAUGGCGAAGUCACGAUCCGUCUCACCCGGCCGGACUCCUCCGGAUACAAGAUCGUGAGCGGCUCGCGGGGGGUCGCGCGCGUGCCGGGGGACAUCUGGACCUGUCUCGCCGUCAACGUCAGCGAGCGCGUUCAUCGAAAGAGGAUACACAUACAGGUGACGCUGUACAUCGACGGCCGCGAGUGCGAGACCAUGUCGCUGCCUCUGCAGGGUAUCCUGGUGCGGAAGCCGUCCCCCACCACGCUGCUGCUGGGUCAAGCGGGACGCGGACCGGGGCCGGCGGCCAGAGGCGGCGCGCUCAUGAUGUCCUCGCUUAGAGUGUGGCGGACGGGGUCGCUGAGGGCGGGCGGCGCGCUGCAUGUGGCAGCUCACCCGCCGGACCUGCCGUGCCAGAUUCCCUGCGAGAACGCACAUUUCCCCUCCAUCCUCAGCCCGGAGCUGAUCGAGAUGGACGUCGACUGGGACUCGGUGUACGAGAUCUCCAGCUCUACUCUCCGCGAGCUGCACGACGGCCUCUUACUGUCGUUCUCUGCGCACGCGCCUGACGUCAUGCAGCUGCACCACCAGUCUCCCGGAACCCCCAACGCGUGGGGUGGUCGCGGGGCAGCGGGGGCGGGGGCGGGGAUCGUCGGCGGGGAGGUGGGUGCCGUGCGGCUCACGUGGGCGGGAGCACCCCGCGUCGACCAGAGACGAGGACUCGCGCCCGCCUUCCUCGAGCUAGGAGGAGUGGAGCCCCUUCUGUACCUGUUUGCGAGGGUUGUGGAGCUGGGUGCGGAGGGUCGGUGGCAGGCGAGCGCGCUGGCGGUGACGCUGCGGGCGUGUGCCUCUGACGCUCGUCUUCACGCAGUGUUGCUGCAGGACGGCCUGCCGCUGCUGCAGCCCGUGCUGGCCGCGCCGCCGGCUAAGAUCACACAUCACAUGCUCAAGGUGAUAUUCGACGAGGCGUGCAGCAGCUCCAUCAUGACGUUCAACGGCAGCACCGUUACCGUGCUGGACGACAACGACAGCAUCCUGCUGGAGCCGCGCUACCUGGCUUUGCUCAUGUCGGCCUGGAGGCAGUUCGACACGGACGAGGAGGUGGUGUGGGAGUGGGGCGGCUGUCGGUGGCGCGGCUCGUGCUGGUCCCUAUGCCUCUCGUGCGUGUGCUCCUUGCUACACGCACGUCACCGGCACGCUUCCUUCAAUGGCGGGCAGGCCGCGCGCGCCGCGCUGCUGCAUCGUCUGCUGACGGCGUGCCGCGAGCGUCUGUUGGUCGGCACGCGCCCGGCACUUUCCGCGGCCGAUAGCACGGCGCUGGUGGGAGCGGUGCGGGCGCUCCUCGCCGCCCCGGGACCCUCCGCCGCGCUGCCCCCGCUAGCGCUGCUGGCCGACUUCCUGCUGCUCAUGCACCAAGCCAGUGACACGUUCGUGACACAUUCCCGGGCCAACUUCUACUUCCUGCUGUCGGCCGACACGCCGGAGACCAGCGACUUUAACUUCCUGAACUUCAUGAGCAAAGGGAAGAGGACCUCGACCGUCACGACCGACCGCAGGCGACACGACGCCAUCGACAGGUCCAGCUCCUCCAGCGUCUCCAACGAGGACGUGACGAACGAUAACCAAUCCAACGAACUGAGAGAUGCGGCUCAAAGUCGCGAGUCGGACCACGAGAACGGUCCCGACAACACCAAGCAGAUGAAGGGAAUGUUGAAUGCUCAGAUAAAACAGAGUCGACAGAAGCUGUCGUCGACUUCGGAGAAUUCCGACGUGACCGAAAAGAGUACAGGGGACCAAGACGAGGGCGUCGGCCAGGGCGAGGAAGACGAGCAGGAGCCGCCCGAGGAGUACGUCCUGGUGGACGAGGACGACGCGAGCCGCACCACCAUCGACCUGUACACCAGCGCCAUCUAUGAACAGCGGCGGUUGCUGGCGGGCGCGGAACCCGGCUGGCGCGCUUGUGGUGGCCUGCUGCUGCUGCUCCGUGACGCACUGGCGGCGCUACCCGAACAGCAGCUAGCGCUGGCGAUGGCCGGCGCCGUGCCACCCGAGACUGUGGUGGUGCUCGCCAACCACGCCGCGCCCGGGGUGCGCGCGGCUGUCGUGCGCGUGAUGUGCGCUCUUCAGCGGCCGGGCGCUCCCCCGCUGCCGCCCUACACGUAUAUGCACCUCGCCAACCAGAUCUCCCUGUACCCCGCGUCCCGUGAGCUGGUGACAGCGUGCGCCGUGCUGCUCACUAACCGGGACGUGCCUCUCGAGGACCAGCUCGAUGAUGAGUCGUGGUCGUGGUCGGAAGAGGCGUGUGGCCGCAGUCCUCCGCUCCUGUGUUUGUUGCCGCUGUGUGUGAGGGCUCCGUGUGUGCCGCUAGCACACAAUGUGGUAGCACUGAUGAGACGCCUCGUCGACAGAUCGUCUCUGAGGGCCUUGAAUGAGGUGGCGAUCGUGGAGGUGAUAGUGCGCUCCAUCCGUAACGUCGGUCUGGAGGAGGGCAGCUUCGAGGGCCGAGACCUUCUACUGGAAGAUUUAUACGACUUGUUGUGCAGACUCGCCCUCAAAGUGCUGGCCGGAAACCACAGCAUGCAGACUAUAAUAGACAUGCACUACAUGUUGCGUUACAUCGAAUGCGAGUGCGGACUGGAGGGGGGGAGGGAGGGUGGCGCCCCGGGUCAGGUCGUGGCUCGGGACGCACAGACGACCCUGUACCUCGCGCAGCUGAACUACCUGGAAAGACGGUUGAGGGAGCAGCAGCAGCAGCCGCGCGCCACCAACUACUUCACCAAUGUUCUAGAGGGUUCCCGCACGGAGAGCGACGCGGGCUCUCGGCUGGCCGGCGUGGCGGGACGUGCCGUCACGUUCCUCACGGGGCGGUCUCCGCACCACGCGUUGCUGCCGGACGCGCUGUUGCUGGACCGCUUACUGUCUGUGCUGCUGGGCGUGUGUGGUGGCGGCAGCGAGGCAGCCGGCGGCGCGUCGCGACUGUUCGGCGGCGGAGCCGGCGGCGAGUUUGGUGCUUCGUUGGCUGAACUGUUCUGGUGGGCCGCCUCCCCGGCCCCGGCCGCGCGCCCAUUGCAGCCCCGGUUAUUGCGCGCCCUGUACCACGCGCCGGCGCCCGCACUUCGGUUUUUGGCACCCAAAUACAAAGACCCUUCCGCCCUUAGAAAGCUGUCGGUGUAUCUGCUGACCCUGGUGCAAAAUAUCCACCUGUCGGCGGAGCGAGGCGAGGAAGCCGUAGAGCUAGCCAUCACGGACUGGGCUCGGGAUUGGGCCGUGGGGUCCCAGGCCGAGCUGGCCGAGCGCGUGAGGGGCCCGGCGCUGCUGCAGGAGGCCGAGCGGCUGUUGAAGGCGGACCGAGCGCGACGAGCUCGUCACGCCGCCUCCCCGCGCCUGCGUACGGCUAUAGGAAAGGCGGUGUUCGCCCGCGAGGCUGCUGCACGCGCGCUGGCCGACAGCGCCAUGGCGGCCACCCGCCGGGUCGUCGACACUCAGAACGGUGAACGCAAAUCGUUCCUCGAACACCUGCGCCGAGCGGACGCCGAGCACGCCGCUGCGCUCGCGCGCUGGAGCACUAUCGUGGACUCUUACACGCACGAGAGAGGCGUGUGGCACAGUCCGCGCGGAUACCCGAGCGCCUGGCAGCUGGACAGUACCGAAGGUCCCGGGCGAGUGCGAGUGCGGCUGCGGCGCUCGCAUCUGAGGAUACCGCCGCGCUUCUUGAAACCGGAGCACCGACACAAGGCCGAGAGUGCCAGUCGCCCGCCUCCCCUGCGUAGUGUGCUGGGAGCGGGGGCGCGCGGCGGGCUGGCGGCUCGUCUGCAGCUCAGCGAGACCGUGGUUUACAUGGCGCGCGUGCUGCGGGUCACGGUGGCGCGGGAGACGCCGGGCGAGCUCCUGCUCACCGACCGGUGCUUGCACUUCGUCGCCGAGAGCGAGGCGGAGACGGGGAUGGGAGGGGAGGCGGCCGGCGGCAGCUGGUCGCUGGGAGCGCUGCGACGGGUAGCCACGCGGCGCUGGUGCCUGCAGGAACGAGCACUGGAACUGUUCCUGCGCUGCGGCCGCGCGCUUCUGUUGGCCUUUGCGGACGAGGCGGAGCGCGCCAUGUUCCUGCAGCAGCUGGAGCGGGCUCAUCGACCACCACCCGGCGACCGGGAUUCGCUGGCGGAGGCCGUACAGCAGUGGCGCUCCGGGGCCAUCACGAACUGGGAGUAUCUCAUGAUACUGAACGGACUCGCCGGGCGCUCUUACAAUGACCUAAUGCAGUACCCGGUGCUGCCCUUCGUCAUCGCGGACUACGCAUCUAAGAUAUUAGACCUGACGGACCCCGCGUCUUUCCGCGACCUCAGCAAACCGAUGGCUGUCCAGAACAAGAACAGGGAGCAACACUACAUAAACACUUAUAAUGACCUGAAGGCGGCCCGUCGCGAGGGUUGCAGCCCCUUGGUGUCUCGCCAAGCUCAUCACUACGCCUCUUUGUACUCUAACUCGGGCGGGGUCCUUCACUACCUGGUGCGGUUGUCACCGUUCACUGAACUGUUCAUUAACUAUCAGGAUAACAACUUCGACAUGCCGGACCGAACGUUCCACUCCCUGGCGACAACGUGGCGCCUGAUCACCCAGGACUCACCCACCGACGUCAAGGAGCUAAUUCCGGAGCUGUUCUACUUGCCGGAGCUGUUCUAUAACACGGAAGGCCUGGCGCUUGGCGUGCGACAGUGCGGGGCGCGCGUCGACGACGUGGAGCUGCCGCAAUGGGCGGCGGACGCCCGGCUCUUUACGCUAGUGCACCGCCAGGCUCUAGAAGCGCCGCUGGUGGCCGAGCGGCUUCCUCUGUGGAUCGACCUCGUGUUCGGGUACAAACAGACCGGCCAGGCCGCCAUCGACGCCAUCAACGUGUUCCCCGCCUGCACGUACUACGGCUUCGACCCGUCAUCGCUGGAGGACGAGCUGGACCGUACGGCGGCGGCGGCCAUGGUGCGGACGUACGGCCAGGCGCCCCGCCAACUGUUCCGCACUCCUCACCCUCAGCGCGCACCCGAGCUGCUGCCGCGCCAGGACGCCGUCGGCGUGUGGGACGGCGUGGAAGGCGCGCGCUGGGGACGCUACUGUGGCUCACCGGAGCGCGCACCGCCCGCAGUCGUGGCCCGACGCUCCCUGCCCGGGGCCGUACGACUGCAGCGCCUCGCGCAUCCCCGCGCGGUCGCCGCAUGCCAAAAAACUAGUAUGCUCAUGGUGUUAGACGACGACCUGACCCCGUUAUCGGCCGUAGCGCCGAGUGGUGCGUCGGGAGAGGCUCUGUGCGCGGCGUGGUGGGUCCCGGCGGACGGCGCGGUGCGCCUGCGUCGUCGGCGGGAGGGUCCGGCGGAGCUGAUGUUGCACGUGUCGACCCUGGAGUCCGUGGUGGCGGUGGCGGGGUGUGCGGAGGCAGGGGCCGCGGGCGGUAGCUGGGGCGCGGUCGGAGCCCUGGGCUUGUCGUCGGGUCGCGUGCUGGCGCUGCGGCCCGCGCCCCGCGCUCACCGCGCUCUUCACGCACAUUCGGCGCCGAUCGCCGACCUGGCGCUGUGCCCCCGGGUCAGCCUGCUGGUCACCGCCAGCGUCGACGGCGUCGUCGUGCUGUGGGACCUCAAUGAACUGACCUAUAUCCGCACGCUGCCCAACCGCGACCAGCUGCCCGUGCGGUGCGUGGCCGUGAGUGAGACCCUGAGUGACGUGGCCACGGUGCACGAGCCGCCGCCCCCCGGCGCGGGCUCCGGCGACAACCGCGAGUACGAGCGGGACAGCUCCUACCGGUACAGGUCGCUGGUCCGUGUGCACACAGUCAACGCGAGAUUCGUCGGAAGCGUGCGCGUGUCGGAGCCGGUGACGUGCGCGUGCUACUCCCUGGCGCCGGAGGGCGUGAGCGUCAACGUGCUGGCGGUCGGGCUGGCCACCGGCGGAGUGCGGCUGUUCUCGUCCUGGGACCUGCGCCCCGUCGCCUUUUUGCCGCCCGCGCGCCCUCACCCGUUGCUCAGCCUGACCUUCAGCUGCGACUCCCAGCUGUUGUUCGCGUGCUACGCGGAAGGCACUGUGCUGGCGUGGGAGAGCGCGGAGGACGGAGCGCGGGCCGCCGCCGUGCGCCUGUUGCCCGCGCACGCGCUGUUGUGAGCCGCGCCCCCCUCCCCUUCCGCCGGCGCCGCCGCCUCGCCCCGCUACCUGGAACAGCCGAUCCCCACCCUGCAGGCGCUGAUACACUACUUUUCCAAGGAUCCGGACUGAACGUCCCCUGUACAUACUGUACGAGUAUACGACGUGCCUUACUUUUAGUGAUAAUUUUAUUUACCAGAUCCUUGAUGAAGGACGCCCAUAGAAGCCGGAGCGCGCUGGUGUUUCAUGUUUGUGAUGUUGAAUGAUUGUUGUGCUAUUUUAUAUUGUGAUAUAUAUUUUGGUAGGAUUUUGCCAAAUUUUAAAGUAAAGUUGUUCGUGUGGGCACGUGUAAGUUCUAUAGGGAUAUAUUAUAUUUUAUGAGGUGUGUUCGUCGCCGGCGCCGAGCUCCGAGCGCUGCGUGAGGAUAUAUUGUAAGAAUUAUAACAUUCCACAACGAGUGCUCACUGAAACGUAACUCUAGACAGUGUCUUCCUACGAAGCAAUAUCUUAAACACUAGUUUCGUAUGUUUGCGGUGAAGGCGAUCCUUAAGACUGAUCACUCCGCUUCUCAGAGACGAGAAAGCUCUAAGAUAAUGUAUGAGUGGAAGCGUGCUAAAUAUUCUAACUUGUGGUACAACCCUCGGUUCCUAAACAUAAUGUGCCCAUAUUUACUAGGCUCUUGAACCGGUGAAGAAUCAGAAAAAUAUAAUAGGUACUAUAUUAUACGACAAGUGUUACAUAUUCAUUGUUAUAAAAUUAUCAAUUUUAUGUGAUAUUUUAACGAUAUUUGUUAAAUAUUAAAAAUAAAUGUAUUUUUAAAUU